CCCUAUAAUGAACCGAGUCCGACCCAAAUAGCAAAUUUGGUGAAGCAAUCAAACUAACCCAAACCAAGCUUCGUUGUCUCUUGGCCUGGGUCAGGUAGUCGAGAACUGAAACUGAUGAUUGUAACUGCAUAACAGGAUUGGGACUUCGGAGGAGGUACCAUUUCAGAAGCUAAAAAUGGUUGAAAAGAGAUUAAGCAUAACCUUAACAAUAACAUUCGCUGCUAUUUCCUUUUCCACUGCAAUCUCUGCUGUCCAUGUUCUGUUAGCAUAUGUCUUGAGUAAAAAAUGUAAGGGUUUGAAGUCCAAGAUUCUUGAGCUAGAGGCAUCUCUCAAGUCUUCCUUAGAUAAAUGUGCCUCUGAAAAGACCUUGAGAAAAGUACUAUCACAACCUAAAUAUGAAAAUCUGAAGCUGACAUAUUACCCUAUGGCAUCGAUUGGUACCAUCUGCUCAUGCUUCUCUACGAGGAAUUGGACACCGAGGCAACCGUUACUUGUACCACUUGCUAGAGCCUGUUUGGUUUUUUAUGCCACUCGUGUUCUGCUAGCAUCUCUUGAGGGUCAAGCUGAAUAUUCUCAUUGCUGGGUUUUAUAUAUAUUUCAUUUAAAUACAGAUCUUGAGAAACUAUGGAAGCAUCCAUCUCAAUCAGGGUUUAAGGCAAAGGUGGGAGUUCUGAGACUUAAAGGAGGAAGAAUGGGAGUGUUCGCCACACGAUCCCCAUAUCGUCCAUGUCCCAUUGGACUUACAGUUGCAAAGGCCAAUAGAAGAUUAAAUUCAAAAGCUUUCAGCUUUUACACUAGCUUUUCUGCCUCUCACAGUAAAGUUAUUCUCUAAGAAAAGGUUCAAGGACCAUUUUUUCAAGUCAAAAGAUACACAAGUACACAGCUAUCAAGCAUGCAGCAGAAGCUUGACGAUCUUUGUGAGCAGUUAAAUAGCACUCAAGAGCUCUCAACUGCUGCCUUCAACAAAUUAUCAAACAAGGAUGGAGAAUUGCAAUCGAGUGAGGCGUUUGACACUGAGAAAAUCAAGUUUGUUGAUUGUGGUUGUUGGCAUUGUGAACAACAUUAUGACCUUUCCAAUGAAUUGAUGAUUAUGAAGCUCUUCUGUUUACUCAACAUUUUAUGACACUGUUUUGAUUAUUCGCU